AUGGAUUCAGAUCCAUCAAGCUUCAUGGAGACAAUGUUGACUCCCGCUGCUUCACCAAACCUUUGGUUUGCCCUGAAGAUCCUACGAUAUGCUUAUCCGACUCUCGUCUUUUUCUAUUUUUUCAUCGCCCUUGGUAUUACUGUAUGCUACAUGCAAGCAGAGAAAUCUCAAGUCCAGGAUCAAUAUGUUCGUCGUGGGUUGAUAUUAUGCUUCAUUGGAAGUCUGACUGGAACAUAUGCUGUCGAGAUAAUUGUCGCAAUUAUCAAGUCAUCAGUGGAAAACUGGAAUCCAGGACAAGACCGAGUUGUUUACCUCAUCUCAUCGACUUUGGUCUUUCUGGUUCAAAUAAUUGCACUCGGAGACACAAAAUCUCCUACGUGGUAUCCAUACUAUGGAACUUGGUGCAUAGGUCUUUGUGUAGAACUCUGCCUAAUCAUCUUACCAAAUGUGUUUUCUCCGCCGCCCAACUCGGCCUUCGAUUACAUACUCAUUUCUAUACAAGCUAUAAGAAUCUUCAAUCUCAUCGCAUUACCUAUUAUCUACUUAUAUAUUCGCGACUCAGAUAAAGCUCCCGAAACCAUUGAUACAGAACGUCAAUCACUAUUAAAGAAGCCAUCGGAUCCAUCCAGCUCCGAAAGCUCCACUCUGAAUGGUAAUGGAUAUGGUACAACGGGUGAGCCGACAACUCAAGAUAAUGAAGAUGCAGAAGAUGAGUCGGAUACAGCGAGUGUAGCUUCGGAAGACUCUUAUUUGAAAGAUCAGCGCAAAUCAAAAGAGGCUAUCGCAAAAAGACUUAAGGAAGACGGCAACUGGUGGACUUACCUCAAAGGAUUUUCUAUGUUCAUUCCCUUUGUUUGGCCAGUACAUCACAAAAUGCUCCAGUUAAGGGCUGUUCUUGUUGCAAUCACUUUACUGGCAAGCAAUGCUUUGAAUCUUCUCGUUCCAAUUCAGUUUGGUAUAAUGGUCCAAAGCCUAAUCAAUUAUACUGGGGGCGAUCAUAGCCAUAAUAUUUGGACACCUGUACUUCUAUACUCGCUCCUAAGGUACAUAAAUGGUGGUUCGUGUCUUACAGUAAUAAGAACAUGGCUCUGGAAUCCCUUGGAACAGUACGCAUACAAAACACUCAGUUUAGCCGCGCAUAGCCAUAUAAUGAACUUGUCUUCCGAUUUCCACGAUAGCAAAUCAUCCUCGGAUCUCUUUCAGGUAGUGCACGGAGGUAGAUCAGUGGCAGAUUUGAUGGAGAUGAUCUGCUUUCAGGUAGUCCCGAUGAUCAUCGAUUUAGUCAUCGCGUUCAUUUAUUUCGGUGCCUUUGGACCUUAUAUGUUCCUUGUAUUGGUUGUCACAUUUGUAUCUUACAUGUACGCUACUGUAAAACUGAUCUCCAUGAGAACAAAUCAACGCCGGGACUACAUAACAUUUGCCAGAAAGGAAUGGACAACGGGACAAGAGUCACUGGAUGGUUGGACGACUGCUAACCUUUUUAAUAUGGUACCCUACGAGAACGAACGCUACUCUGGAGUCAUCAAAGAACACAUUGACUCCAAAUGGGCCUAUGAAUGGUUCUGGUACAUUGCCUCCAUGGCAAAGAGCCUGAUUAUGUGCUUUGGACUGACAGGUGUACUCUGUCUUGGUGCUUAUUCGGUAGUCUAUGAGGGUCAAACCGUUGGAAAUUUCACUACCUUGCUUAUGUUCUGGGGUCAGAUACAAGAACCACUAUCAUUCCUUGCUUCCGCAUAUAGAACUAUCUCUAGUUCUUUGAUAGAUGCCGAGCGCCUUCUUGAACUACUCAAGACAGAGCCCUCGAUUAAAGAAGCACCGAAUGCCAAAGACUUAGAGAUUAGUAAAUGCGAGAUUGAGUUCAGCGACGUAUGUUUUUCCUAUGAUGAGCGAAAGCCGAUCUUGAAGAAUGUUAGUUUCUUUGCUCCGGGUGGAAAGACGAUUGCUUUUGUUGGUGAGACUGGCGGAGGUAAAUCAACAAUGUUAAAAUUGAUGGAUCGUUUCUACGACGUUAAAUCAGGAAGUAUCAAGAUUGAUGGUCAAGAUAUUCGAGACAUCACAAUGCACAGUCUGCGCAGCCAUGUUGGUGUUGUUCCACAGGAUCCUACUCUUUUCAAUGAUACCGUCAUGAAUAACAUUCGAUAUGCUCGUUUGGACGCAACAGACGAGGAAGUAUAUGAGGCUUGUAAAGCUGCCGCUGUUCAUGACAAGAUUAUGAAAUUUGCGGAUGGCUACAAUUCUAAAGUUGGUGAUCGUGGCGUAAAACUUUCUGGUGGAGAGAAACAACGUGUUGCGAUUGCUCGUGCCAUUUUAAAACAACCAAAAAUCAUACUACUCGAUGAAGCUACCAGCGCUGUUGACACAGAGACGGAACAAAAAAUUCAGGAAGGAUUCAACGCAUUGUGCAAGGGUCGGACAACCUUUAUUGUUGCUCAUCGGUUAUCAACUGUGAUGAAUGCCGACCAUAUUGUUGUUGUCAUGGAUGGUCAAAUAGUCGAACAAGGAUCUCAUGAUAAGUUGUUUCACUCUAAGGGGCGAUAUGCAGACCUAUGGGCAAAGCAAAUCUUCGUCAAACCUUCUGACAGGAAAUCGAGAUCAAAGUCCAGAUCAAAGAGCCCUGCAAAAAAGGAUACAACUCUCGUGAAUGAUCUCACUACCGAGAACAAGACGGUCACCCUUGCGAAAGCAACAAAAGGGGUUAAAGAUCACAACCACUCACAGGACGAUGGAAAGGGGACUGGCAAUGGCACAAGCUCCAGCGGCAAAUCAAAAGAUGAAUCGAAACGCAAAGCAGACGAGCUCAAUCAUGCGAGCCUACUCUCAAAGACAGAUUCUUCGAAACUCAAAAUUACUAAUCUUAGUAAACCCAAGUUCCCCGCAAGUAACUCGGAGGUUCAAAUUAAGCAGCAGCCUCUUGGGGGAAUUCCUCGACCAACUCCUGUUCAUCGGCCUGCUACCACCCCUCAACCAGCCACUGCCACUAUUCGUUGUACUAAUGCUAAUCCUCCUGUUACCGCCUCUCGUUCUUCCAGUCCUCAGCGCAAAUUCUUUACAGCCCAAUCAAUUGAACAAACAUGUAAAGCCCAUCCACCCGAGAGUCCACCUCGCCCACCAAUCUUGAGCCAGCCAAGAUCUCUCUUUUCUACUGGCAAUUUGCCCGUCCCGAUUCAUGCAAAGAAUGUGCUUGAUCACCCGAAUCCGUGGGGAGAGGAACAUCCUUGUCGAACUCCUUCUUCUACACACUCGAUGCUCUCUUCUCAGUCAGUUCUAACGAGUGCUGAUUUGAAGCACGAGAAGGCCGAUAACGGAUGUAAGGCAGAUAAUGGUAAGUUUGAUAAUGGUAAGAUCGAGGGAUAUGUACAGGAUAAGGUGGAGAAACUGGACAAAGGUUUGCCAAAAGGACUGCCCAAAGGAUUACCCAGAGGUGCAAUGUUUGUUCAACUUCCAAAACAUUCGACGAAUGAGCCAGUUGAGGAAAGAAAACCUAGAGCUUCUGCCGCAGAAGCGCCUGUAAAUAUCACCACUGCCUCUGAGCUCACUCCAUUACUCGUUUCGAAAGAUUCGCCCAUCUAUACCAGUCCCAGUUUCUCUUCCCCCAAAGACAUUAUCAAAGCACAGAAGAAACAACUAGCAAAAGAAAGAAGAAAAUCAGGUUCUUCUUCAAGAACUAUCAGCGAGCCAGUUAAUGUCACACCCCCAACUCCCAUUCUCGAACCCUCUUCUGUCCAGUCAGUAACACCAGUCAAAGUACAAACUAAAGAGGCAGCCAAGGAACAGAGAAAAAGAGACAAGGAAGAGCGGAAAGCAGAAUCAUUGAGAAAGAAGGAAGACAGUAUCAGAAGAAAGGCGGAAAAGAAAUUGAAGAAACAUGGUGUUAGUACUGUUGUUGCUGCUGGUGAUGAAGAUGAGAUUGCCGGUUAUGCUACUGCUACGACGGAUUUUGCUACGAGUGAGAUGAAUAGUAGUAAUACAGAUGUUAAAGAGUCGGGAACAGUCAGGUUUGAUGGUUUUACAGAUGGAAUUAUGGAUUCUUGCACAGAUAUGCCCAAUUCUGUUCAGAGUGGGACGAUAGAUGAUAUAACAAUUCCUACCGCAGCACAAUUAGUCGCAGAUGCUCAAUUUCCUCAGAGAGACCGAAGAAUUCACUCGAAAAGUGAACCAGGAGGCAACAGUGUUAGUCUUGAAUUAGAUGGUGCGGGUACUGGUUCACAGGAUACAAUUAUCAUUGUGAGGGAGGGAGAUGGAGGAAGUGAAUAUGGCACGAAUAGUCUGAUUAGAUAUCCGUCGCUAAACAGAGAUGCAGUUGCAAUUGGAACCCCCAGACCGGGAGAAAGAAAAGGCAUCUUGAAGAAUUUCGCGCAGGAAAAAAGAAGAGCUAGUGCGCCGGCGAGAGAGGGGAUGGGUUAUGAGGGAAGAGAGGAGAGAGGCGGUCUGAAGAGGAGAGAAAGAAUCCCGACUCCGAUGGCGAUGGUGGGCGGAUUGAUAGGACCGGGAUUGGGGGGCUUGGGGGUCGGGGUACCGGUUAUGCCGGAGAGGGAGAGGGAGAAGGAGAGGGGACCGCCGGUUUCGUUGGGGAGGAAUAUGCGUUUGAAUUUGAAUGGAGAUGGAGAUGGAGGUGGGGAUGGGGAUGUGGAUGUGGGUGUGGAGGGGCAGGGACAGGAACAGACUGAGAAUUUCGUGAGUGGAGGAAGGAGAAUGUAUAUAGGAGGGGGAUUGAUGAGGGGAAAGAAGAGACAGUGGAGGAUUAGAAGUCGCGCUGUAGAGUCUGCUUGGAAGGGAGAGGGAGAGAGUGGAAGCAUGGGUGCAAAUUUGAGGAUGGGAAUGGAUGGAACGGGGAGUUUUGAGGGUGGUGGGAGGGUAAGAGAGGGAAGUGUGAGUUUGAGUGAGAGAGAGGGGGGUAGAGGGCAGAGGGGAAGUGAGGGUGGAGAUGCAGAUGCAGAUGGAGAGGCACAAGGAAGGGGGAAGGGAAAGGGAAAAGGGGGUGUAAGGUUUGCUGAUGAUGUUUAG